UCAAAUCAAACGGGAAAAGUAAGAAGGACAAAAUGAAAUUAAUUAUUGGAUUUAUUGUUUCACUCAUGCUUGUGCAGGCACUUGCCUUGCCAAUGGAAGAUCCAUCAAAACCAGAAGAAAUGCCAAAGGAGGUUAAGCCAGCAAAUGAUGUUGUUGAUGCAUUCCGUAGAGAUAUUUUAGCCCAAUUCUAUCGUUUCCAAACAUUCUAUGACUUGUUCAAUGAAAGAAUGACACACUACCGUUUAGCUCAUGUUGAUUUAGUCACAGAAAUUGGAUUAGCUAUGAUGGAAGUUUUCUCAGUAGAUCUCGAUAUCAUCCGUCAAUCAAAGGACUAUGUUGAUAUGCAAUUCAGAAAUGCAGUUAACCGUCUUGGUGGAACCCCAAAUGCUUGUCUCAAUGAAGUUCAAACAGCUUUAGAUACUAACUCAGCCAGACUUGGCUCAGAAUUCAAUGCAUGCGCUCGUAGAGCAAACGGAACAAUCAGCAAUGGAUUAGCUGAAAUCUUCUACCCAACAUUCGAUAGCAUCCAAAACUCUGCAUCAACAGUCCCAUUGUUGACCCUUAGUGCACUUUCACGUGGUAAUGUCUUCGAUGAUUCACAAGAAAUCCUCGAUUACUUACAAGCACAAUACGAAGUCAUCAGCUUGCAAUGGAAAUCAGCUGCAUCACAAUUGCUCAGAUGGGAAACAAACCGUUUCAAUGUUGAAGGAAGAUUCUAUGUUGAAGAAAUGUUGCUCUGUCUUCUUGAACCCGUCGAAAACUACCGAAACACCAACACAUUCAACAUGUAUCGUAUCGUUGACGAGUGUGCUCCAAUGUAAAAUCUUCACUUAAUUGAUACUGCUUCAUUUUCUUUCCACGGAAAUCUUUAAAAUACACUAUGAAAAUGAAUGAUUUAAUAAAUUAAAAUUUUUAAAAU